AUGGCACAUUGUAACAUAGAGAAAAAUCAAUGUAACCUCACCCAUGGUACUGUUAUUUGGUCAUCAUCUCCCACAACAUCAAUAUGUCGCUAUGUAAAAGCUACUGAAGGAGUUGCUUAUGUGACCCCUACCCAUAUAGUUCUUAACAACAUUCAGUCAGCUUUCACGUACAAAAAUGUGACAUUCUCACACUCCCAGCUCAAUACAUGGUGCCUAAAUAAUUCUGCGAUCCCCAUGGACAAUGGUGUAUUCAUUGUCCUGCCAGAAAUUAAGGAUCACAGUCCUCAAUCUCUAUUUUCUCAACAUCCUGAGAUAGCUGAAAGUAUCAAUCCAAAGCAGCAAAAUUUAAACCCUUCUCAAAAAAGAGAGCACGAGCUUCCAAUAGACAAACCGGAUAAAAAUCCGGAAGCGCACCUUAGCCUCCCUCUUCUUUACAAACUAAUCCAUAAAAUGCAAAAGAGAUCCCUUCAUAACCAAGAUCCUAGCCAUACGCCUACAACGGAUAUGUCAACUCAUUCCAUAAAAAGCAUUGCUCAAAUCAAUCCAACCACUGCAGCACGAAUACUUCUCAAUCGAGAAGAUUAUUUUCGCUUUGUCUGCAGGAGACGUACUAAUGGUCUCCAAAUGCAAAAGAAAUUGUGGUUGAUGAAAUUAUUUUUGACCAUAAAAUCAAAGGAACUUGUUAUAUUUUUACACCUGUCAGAUCUGGAAAACAGUUCUACUUUAUCCAACCAGGCACUCGUGAUCUUGUUAAAACCAGCCCACAAGCAGACUGUGGACAUUUACCAUUUGGCAUUUACAAUGAUGGAAACAAUCAGUACAAAUCACCUUCGGGUUACGCCAAGUGACCAAUAUUCAAUUAAAUCUACCUAA